GGAGACCACGGCUCUAUGGUACUGUGGUUCAAAGAGGCGGACGGAGAGCCAAUAUACAGUUAUGACGUCCGAGGUCGACUCGCGUCUCAGCCCAGGCUCUGGUCUUCCACCAGUGGGUUCGGGACCAGGGCGUACUUCAGGGCCGCUGCCAGCCCGGCUGUGCUGUUCGUGGACAACGUGAUGUCUUCAGACGCCGGCAUCUACAGGUGCAGAGUGGACUUCAAGAACUCACCUACCAGGAAUUUGAGAUUGAAUUUUACUGUGAUAACUCCACCUAAUCGACCAACCAUAAUGGACGCAAAGACGAGGGACCACACCCGCCUUCUGGAGCCGUACAAUGAAGGGGAUACCCUGGAACUGAUCUGCGAGGUAUUUGGAGGGGACCCCAAACCUCGAGUGACGUGGUACCUAGAGAAUACAGUCAUAGAUGACUCGUACGAGCAGCGGCCUGAUGGCGUAACUGUUAACAUGCUGACCUUCCCCAGUAUAGGACGACAGCACCUCAACGCCAGACUGGUGUGCCAAGCGUCCAACACAAAUCUGGCGCCACCAGAGACCAAGUUACUGAUAUUAGAUAUAAAUUUAAGACCACUCACGGUGCAAAUUCUGAACAAGAGCCAGCAGUUGUCAGCUGACAGGAGUUAUGAAGUCGAAUGCAAGAGUACAGGUUCCAGGCCCGAGGCUGAAGUCACCUGGUGGAAGGGCAGUAGACAGUUAAAGAGGAGUGCCAAAAAUUUUGCUGAGAGCAACGCCACAGUAAGUCUGCUGACGCUGUUACCAGAAGCGGAAGAUCACGAGAAGACACUUGUAUGUCGAGCUGAGAAUCCUCGAGUGCCAGAUGCUGUCCUGCAGGACGAGUGGACGCUUAAUGUACACUAUGUACCCAUAGUGACUUUGAAGUUGGGAGCGAGCCUCAACCCUGGCUAUAUUAAGGAAGGCGAUGAUGUUUACUUCGAAUGCAACGCUAAAGCCAAUCCAAAGAUUCACAAACUGAUGUGGUAUAAAGGGACCAAUGAAAUUCAUCACAACGCUACUGCAGGAAUCAUCCUCAGUGACCAAAGUUUGGUUCUCCAAAGUGUUACGAAGUCGGCGGCAGGUGAUUACAGCUGUUUAGCAUACAACAAAGAGGGAAGCACUACUAGUAACUCCGUGACUCUACAAGUCAGAUAUGCACCCAUGUGUAAAAUUGUCAACGAUGGCGAAGUUUAUGGGGCUUUGAAACAGGAGACUGUCCAGUUACUGUGCGAUGUGGACUCGAGCCCACCACCUACCAUCUUCAGUUGGACCUUCAACAGUUCAGGAGAAACGAUACAAAUAUCUCCCAACCUCUACACCAUGUCGGGUUACACAUCGACCCUGAACUACAGACCGACCACCGACAUGGAUUAUGGUACUAUACUGUGUACAGCCACCAAUGUAGUUGGGAAGCAAGGAGUCCCGUGCCUUUAUAAGCUGGUCGCUGCUGGUCGACCGACGCCUCUACAGAACUGUUCCGUCGUAAAUCAGAGCUCGAAUGGUUUACAAGUAGAAUGUGUCGAGGGAUUUGACGGUGGUUUACUGCAAACGUUUUAUAUGGAGGUGUUGGAACUACCCUCUCUAAUAGUUCGAGCAAACAUAUCUUCGAACAGUACACCAUUCUUCGAAGUGCCAGGCUUGGACAGUAGAUCCAGCUACACUGUCAUAUUGUACGCUGCUAACGCGAAAGGUAGAAGCGAAAGUGUUAAUUUAUACACUGUGGCGUUGAGAUCACCAGACAAAUAUACAGGUACAAGCACAUCGAUACCGCUGUCGCCGAUGCUGGUGUGCUUGCUGGCGGUGGCAGCCCUGCUCUGCACCGGCAUAUGUGGAGUGAUCACAGCGCUGUACCGGCGCCACGCGGCCAGGAGGCAUGAUAUUGAUAAGCGUCUACCAUCCACGAAUGCAUUAUAUAAAGAACAGAGUGUGGAGUCAUUGUCUAAACAUGACAAUCUGAACACGUAUUGCGGCUCGCCGAAGCUGGACUACUGCAGCCAGUAUGAGCUGAAUGUAGAGGGUGAGGUCGAGGAGUCAGACCCUGACAUCAUACCUUGUCAUUAUGACAGGAAGUUGGCUAACGAAUUCAACAAGCUGCCCAGCCCAGAGGCUAUGUUCAAUCCCUACGGGGAAACCAGCGAGCGAACAACAAACUUUCCAACUACUGCAUCCUCAUCAAGUAUAUCGAUGGUAAACCGAGGGGUGUGUGCGCGGAGUGCGGACAUCGCUGCGGCGCGCGCCCGACCGGAAGUGGUCACCACCGCCAGAAAAGUCAAGGAGAGCUGUAUAUAA